AUGGAGCAGAGUUGGCUGCCCCUGCCCACCUCCACCGUCGUCUUCAACACCACCUAUCUCCCCAACAAGCGCGACGCGGAGAUCCGCCGCACCCUCACCGCCGAAGGCACCCUCCGGAAGAAGAGGGAGAUGGCGACGCAGCAGGGGAUCCAGGAGUCGUACUACAGGGACAUGGCCGUCAUGUUCGGCAAGUGGAAGUUCGACCCCAUGGCGCUGCCGGAGCCGCCGUGCCCGGUGCACCUGUGGCAGGGCGACGAGGACGGUCUCGUGCGUCCCGCGCCGUCCUCCGCUUCCGUGUCUCCGAGGCGCCGCGCCGACGGCAAGCUGCAAGUCUGCGCCGCGUGGUGGGCCUCGCUGGUGACGGCGACCAGGCGCGCCACGGCACGCGGGAAGGAGCCGUCGAAGUCCGACGCGUCCGCGAGGAGCAGCACCAGCGACCUGGCCCCCGACGGCGACGCGAGGCGCGGGCCGACGAAGUGA